UCUUAAAACACGUGUUCUCAGAAACAGAGCAAACUUCACCCCCAUCGUAAAACAGUAACACAAACACAAAAUCAACAGGGUCUUGGAACUUUGUCUUCAAUCAGAAACCUUGAAUCCCGUUAUACCAAUCUUCCCAAAAAAAAAACCCAAAUUUUUGUUCUAAUCAUGGCAACGCUGAAGACAAUCUCAGCAGCUCUGAAACUCAUAGACUCAAAGAAAGAGAACCUCAAAAAGGCCUUCGAUGACCUCCAAUCCCACUCUUCCCUCCUCUCCUCUUUCUCUCUCACAUGGUCAGAACUUGAUUCCCACUUCACCUCCCUCCAAAACUCGCUCAAUCAACGAUUCCAACACCUCGAAUCGCUCGAGUUGCAAAAACAGUUGCAAAAACAGGCCGAGUCAACUCAGCCAAACCCUUCAGCUGACCCAUCAAGCUCACAAGCGCCAAACGCACAAACCACCCCAAAGGUCCCUCCUUUUUCAUCAAAAACUCCGACCCAGAUGACCAAAACCCGGGUUGACCAGGAUGGUGACGUGGGUUCGGGUCAAAUAGUUAAGCCUAGGCCCGAGUUAAAGGCUUUUUGUGAGAAUAUGGAUGGGUUGGGGUUGAGGAAGUUCUUAAUUGAGUACCCAAAUGGGCCAAAUGAGAGAAAAACAAUCAGGGAUGAGCUCCCUGGUGCAUUGCUAUGUGCUCCGGACCCGGCUGCAUUGGUUUUGGAUGCAAUGGAUUGGUUUUAUAAGGAUAAUAGUGUGAAUUUGAAGAAUAAGAAUAAUAAAGAUUGGGAAUUGGGUGGCUCAAAGAGGUGUUGUGUGCUUUUGUUGGAGGAACUUAUGAAGAUUAAGGCCAAUGUGAGUGAGGAAGUGAGGGAGAGAGCCAAGGAGUUGGCUCUGAAGUGGAUAGGGAAGGAGAGAAACAUUGAGAUGCACACGUUUGAGGUGCUGGGGUUGCUGCAUUUGGUGGCGGCCUAUGGGUUGCGGUCCGUCUUCGAUGAGGAUGACCUUGUGGAUUAUCUUGUUAUCAUUGCGCAGUAUCGGCAGUCUGCAGUGUUAUGCAAAGUUUUUGGUUUGGGGGAUAAAGCUGCCGAUCUCAUUCAGAAACUUGUAAGUAAGGGAAAGCAACUUCAGGCUGUCAAAUUUAUUUUUGAAUUUGAGCUGACUGAAAAGUUUCCACCAGUCCCCCUCUUGAAAGCCCAUUUAGAGGAUGCCAAGAAGGCUGCUAGGAAAGUUGUCAACGACGGAAAUCAUUCUCGCAAGUCAUUGAAUGAGGGCAUAGCCAAAGAAGUGGGUGCAUUGAAGUCAGUUAUUAAAGUUAUUGAAGACCACAAUCUUGAUUCUGAGUAUCCACGGGCAGACCUUGAAGGGCUUAUCGAGAAGCUGCAGAAGCGGGCAGAAAACAUCAAAAAACCUGCAGCAGCUCCUCCUGCCAAAUCUUAUCAGCCACAGCAGCACCGGCACCAGCAGCAGCAACAGAGUGGAAACAAGCGUCCUCGAAUGGAUUCUCCAGUUAGUCCUGCAGCAGCACCAAUAAAUGUUGGUGGCAUGAAUUCAACAAUUCCCCAAUAUCAACAAUCUCAUCUACAGUCAGCAGGUGGCAUUUUGAAAGCGGGAAUUAUCAUUUUUUUUUAUUAGCAGUUUUUGGUUCAGGACCGUCAUAGAUGAGUCAAGGUUCUCGUAUGGACAUUUGAAAAAAAAACGCAUUGUCCAUAAAAGAGCAUAAAACGUAUAUGUUUUAGCUUUUUUUCAUAUUCUCCCCCUUAGCCUAUCUGGAGCAAAUGGAACAGCUCAUUUGGGCAUGCUGUGCAUUGAAAUCCUGGGACUCUGCCCCAGAAAAGGUUCUCUUAUGGACCAUUUGGAUUGAGGGGGAGUGGAGGAAAGUAGAGUAGGUUGGCUGGAAAAUAGGAGAGUAGAGUAGAGUGGCUGAAAAAUAGCCUAUUUUCCAGCCAACUCUACUCUACUCCCCUUCCCCCCUCUUCCUCAAUCCAAAUAGGCCCUUAUGUCUCCUACUUAUGUCUCCUAUAAAUAAAGACGGAAGUGCAAAUUACAACCCCAGAGUUAGGGGUCAUUUUGAUUGUGGUCACCCAUGUUUGAAAAUUUUGAUUGUGGUCACCCAUGUCCUUAAUGUUUGAGAUCCUUCCCAAUUUUCUCCUUCUGGCUGUCUGUUAACUAUGUGGCCGUUGAAUGCCAAUUAAGCAUGCCAGUCCUAUAGCUGGUCCAAUUUAAUAAACCACAUCAUUUAACAAGUCAUGUCAAUAAAUGAAAAACAAAAAGUGUUUUAACGUUAACAGAGAAAGAAGAAAAACUAAAAAAAUAUGAAAAAUUAGAUCUCUCUCUCUCUCUCUCUGAGUGUGUGUUGGCAAUGACGGCGGCAAUCAAGGCACGGCUGUGGAUAUAUAAUCAUGUAGGGGGAAAGCACCAGCUAGGGACAGACAAGCUCGAUUAUGCAAGGCUGAGGAUUGUGGCUAUAAGGUCAGGGAUAUGGAGUAUGGGAAUUCAACACUAGGAUCAAGAGGCUACUCAGGCCUUAAAAGUGCUUAAAUAUGUUGCUGGGUCUGGUUUUAGGGAGGUGUAAUUGGGUUUAUUUGUGGUUUAUCAAAGAUUGUUGGGUGCUGCUCUGUCUUUCCUUGUUUGCUAGCAUCAACAAUUUAUUUUCAGUUUAUUUUUUAUUGGUACUGGACUUUGGUUUAUUAGUUUUGUUAACGAGUCCAUCUGUGGCUGUGGUUUUCCUUGUCACCACUUGACAGAUUCUGCAUCCCACUGUGUGCGCGUAAAGCAAAUUAUGGUUCUUGUAUUUGGCAGUAGCCAUUGUCAUUUGUUUUUAAAUUUCUAUUCCCUUAAUCCUUUGGGAGAAUGAUACUCACUUGAAUUGGGUUGCUAGGAAUAUCAUUAAUCUUAUUAUUCCACAUGUUCUCGUUAAGGUUAGUGCACGUGCACAUGUAACAUAUUAUUCAGGUAUGUGUAUUCUAUAAAACAUGUGCCUAAUUAGUGAGACAUGUGUGGCCAAUUUGAAUAAGGAAUGGGUUGUAUAAAUGCUAAAUAGAUGAAUGUAACCAUCAUUUGGGAUAAUGAAGAAGAAUGCUCCUUUUGAUGCU